AUGGCCCACCCACCACUCAUCAUGGCCCACCCACCAGUCAUCAUGGCCCACCCACCACUCAUCAUGGCCUUCCUACCACUCAUCAUGGCCCUCCCACCACUCAUCAUGGCCCUCCUACCACUCAUCAUGGCCCUCCCACCACUCAUCAUGGCCCACCCACCACUCAUCAUGGCCUUCCUACCACUCAUCAUGGCCCUCCCACCACUCAUCAUGGCCCUCUCACCACUCAUCAUGGCCCACCCACCACUCAUCAUGGCCUUCCUACCAUUCAUCAUGGCCCACCCACCACUCAUCAUGGCCCACCCACCACUCAUCAUGGCCUUCCUACCACUCAUCAUGGCCCACCCACCACUCAUCAUGGCCUUCCUACCACUCAUCAUGGCCCUCCUACCACUCAUCAUGGCCCUCCCACCACUCAUCAUGGCCCUCCUACCACUCAUCAUGGCCCUCCCACCACUCAUCAUGGCCCUCCCACCACUCAUCAUGGCCCUCCCACCACUCAUCAUGGCCCUCCCACCACUCAUCAUGGCCCUCCCACCACUCAUCAUGGCCCUCCUACCACUCAUCAUGGCCCUCCCACCACUCAUCAUGGCCCUCCCACCACUCAUCAUGGCCCACCCACCACUCAUCAUGGCCUUCCUACCACUCAUCAUGGCCCACCCACCACUCAUCAUGGCCUUCCUACCACUCAUCAUGGCCCUCCCACCACUCAUCAUGGCCCUCCCACCACUCAUCAUGGCCCUCCCACCACUCAUCAUGCCGCGUGACACUCAGUGUGGGGUCAUGGCCAUCGGUCACCUAACUCACCCGUAA